UCCAUCAGAUCAAAAUGUCCGCCAUGGCCGCCGCCCACCCGUUGCCCAGCAUUGGCUCCCAACGCGUAUUCGUGGUGGGCGUGGGGAUGACCAAGUUUCAGAAGCCUGGUCUUCAGGAUUCAGUAGACUAUCCUGACUUGGCGAAAGAAGCAGGCCUGAAGGCUUUAGCUGAUGCCCGCAUCUCUUAUUCGGAAGUAGAGCAGGCCUGUGUCGGCUACGUGUAUGGUGACUCCACCUGCGGCCAGAGGGCCAUCUACCACAGCCUGGGCCUCACCGGCAUCCCCAUCUUCAAUGUCAACAACAACUGUUCCACCGGCUCCACGGCUCUGUAUAUGGCGAGACAGCUGAUCCAGGGCGGUUUGGCAAACUGCGUCUUGGCGCUUGGGUUUGAGAAGAUGGAGAAGGGCUCCCUCGGAACCAAAUUCACGGACAGGACCAACCCGAUAGACAAGCACGUGGAGCUGAUGGUGAACAAGCACGGCCUGGCCUCGGCCCCCAUAGCAGCUCAGCUCUUCGGCAGUGCCGGCAAAGAACACAUGGAGAAAUACGGUACCAAAAUUGAACAUUUUACAAAAAUUGCUUGGAAGAAUCACAAACAUUCAGUCAAUAACCCGUAUUCCCAGUUCCGGGAGGAGUACAACUUAGACCAAGUGAUGAAGUCCCCAAAAGUCUUUGAUUUUUUAACUCGCUUACACUGUUGUCCAACUUCUGAUGGAGCGGCCGCAGCAAUUCUAGCUAGCGAAGCAUUUGUAAGGAAGCAUAACCUGCAAUCUCAGGCUGUGGAGAUUGUGGCCCAAGAGAUGGUGACAGACCUGGGGAGCACCUUCAAAGAGAACAGCAUGAUCAAAGUGGUCGGCUUUGAUUUAAGUAAAGAAGCAGCCAGAAAGUGCUAUGAAAAGUCAGGUUUGAAGCCAGAGGACAUCAAUGUAAUUGAACUUCAUGACUGUUUCUCUCCUAAUGAACUCCUUACUUAUGAAGCUCUGGGACUAUGUGCUGAAGGAAAGGCAGGAGAACUGGUUGAUAGAGGAGACAAUACUUAUGGAGGAAAAUGGGUUAUAAACCCCAGCGGCGGAUUGAUUUCCAAGGGCCACCCCCUUGGGGCUACAGGCCUGGCGCAGUGCGCGGAGCUGUGCUGGCAGCUGCGCGGGGAGGCGGGCCGGAGGCAGGUUCCGGGGGCGAAGGUCGCGCUGCAGCACAACCUGGGCCUCGGCGGAGCGGUAGUUGUGACCCUCUACAGGAUGGGCUUCCCCAACGACGCCCCGGCAGCCCGCAGAAGUUACAAGAUUGAAGCUUCUCCCACUGGUUCAGCACCUGAUGGAUUUAAGGCAAAUCUCAUCUUUAAAGAGAUUGAGAAGAAACUCGAAGAGGAGGGAGAACAGUAUGUGAAGAAAAUUGGAGGUGUUUUUGCCUUCAAGGUGAAAGAUGGUCCUGGAGGGAAAGAAGCCACUUGGGUGGUGGAUGUGAAAAACGGCCGAGGCUCCGUCGAUGUUAAUUCAGACAAGAAGGCCGACUGCACCAUCACGAUGGCCGACACGGACUUGAUGGAUUUGAUGACCGGCAAAAUGAAUCCUCAGUCGGCGUUCUUUCAAGGCAAGUUGAAAAUCACCGGCAACAUGGGUCUGGCCAUGAAGCUGCAAAGCCUCCAGCUGCAGCCUGGCAAAGCGAAGCUGUGAAGGAGCGAGCGCACGCCUGGGCGACGACCUCGGGGGGCUCGGAGGCCUGGCAAACGGGGAGACAUAGAUGCGGUGCGUGUGCAGCCCCGCACACACACACGCAUCUAUGCGUAGGACCACUCGGCCGUUGGCCUCUCCUCCUGGGCCCCGGACGAUCAGAGCUUCGGUGUCACUACCGUGGCCGUGCCGAGUGGCAUGAAACUGCACAUCGAAAAUUUAAUGGGGUAAUUAUAGUCUGGGUUAAAUUGAGCGGCAAAAUCCAAGAACUCAGUCCACAAACGAUCUCCUAUUGCUUAUAAAAUAGAUUUCAGGAUAUUCUGCUGAGUUUUCCUUGGGAGAACUGGCUGGGCAGACAGUAGCGUUGUGCACUUGAGUACCCGCAUCGAGUUCCCUUCCCAUUUUUAAAAAAUGCUGUCAAGGAACUUGAAUUUUUAAGAAGAACUUAAAUUCUUUGUGUAACUCAAAAAGAUCAGGCCUGGAUCAUGGAGAGAGACGUCCCCUCCUCUCUCUUUAAAUCAAACCGAGGGAGGUUUUCUUCUUGAAAUCAAUGUGUUUGAUUCUCGAAACAACAUUAUUCACAAUUAAGUAGGCAGUCACUUUGCUUUGAGAGGCACAGCGUUUCCUGGAUCGACUUCAGCAAGCAGGCGUGCCGGCUGUCCCUUCCUCCUGCAGUACGUCUCAUUACUUAGCCGGAUUUAAUUUUUCUGGUGUCUGAAUGUUAAUUACGCACUUUCUUUUUAACUUUCUGGUAAUUUACUAAGAUCGGGAUAAAUAAUGACUUUGAAAGUUUAAUAGAAAAUAAAUCUGCUUUUCCUGGU